AGGGUAGGUUUGGUGGCGCAAAAUGCAUCCCGUACUUCAAAUUCUCCACAGAAGCAAACAGAUUGUGAGGACUCUUUGCUCUUUAAGUUGCAUACCCAGAAAUCCCACAUCGGAAAAAUUGAAUCUUCCACUGGUUUCAGAGCUAUUAGCAAAGCAGAGGUGGUCAGAGCUCAGAACCCAUCUCAAAGACUCGGACUUUACCUCAGUUUUUCAUCAGGUUUUGGAUUCUGGAGCAGACCCAGUACUGAUACUCAGGUACUUACAUUGUUGCCAGAAGGAAUUCAAUGCUGCACAUAAUCUAGAACUCACUUUUAGACUCUUGGGUUCAUUAGCAAUAGCCAAAAGGUACUCAAAGAUUAGAGCUUUUUUACAUGGGUUCGUUAGAAGCAAUGAAAAGCUAUCAAAUUCUGCAAUUUUUAACUCGCUUUCGUUGGGUAGUAAACAUUUGGCUGCAAAUUCCAUUAUUGUUAACUUGUUGGUGUUGGCAUAUGCGAAAAAUUUGAAGACCCAUUUGGGUGUUGAAGCAUUUCAGAAAGCCGGUGAUUAUGGGUUUAAGUUGGUGGUGUUUUCUUGUAACCCUUUGUUAAGGGCUUUGGUGAAGGAAGGUGAAAUUGGGAAUGUUGAAUUUGUUUACAGGGGGAUGAUUAGGAGGAGAAUUAGGCCCAAUUUGUACACUUUUAAUAUGGUGAUUAGGGGGUUGUGUAAAGUUGGGAAAUUGGAGGAGGCAAAGGAUGUUAUUAUUAAUGACAUGAAGGCUUGGGGGAUAUCACCAAAUGUGGUUAGUUAUAAUACUUUGAUUGAUGGGUAUUGCAAGUUGGGUGGGUUGGGGAAGAUGUACAAAGCUGAUGCGAUUGUGAAGGAAAUGAUGGCAAAUAGUAUUCGGCCGAAUAAGUGUACUUACAAUAUUUUGAUUAGUGGCUUUGGUAAAGAUGAGAAUGUACCAGCUGCGGUCAAAGUUUUUGAGGCGAUAACGAAGCAGGAUUUGAAACCAGAUGAGUUUACAUGGUGUUCACUGAUUAAUGGGUUGUGCUGCAGUGGUGAGCUUGACAAGGCUUGCGAUUUGCUGGGGGAAAUGCGUGGCUUGGGUUUGAAGCCAAAUGUUAUUACGUACAAUGCACUUAUUAAUGGGUUUUGUAAGAAGAAGAUGAUGAAGAGAGCUAGAGAGUUAUUCGAAGACAUUGGCAGACAAGGCUUGGAGCCGAGUGUUAUUACGUACAAUACACUAAUUGAUGCUUACUCCAAGGAUGGGAUGAUGGAGGAAGCAUAUGAGGUGUAUAAUUCAAUGUUAGAGAGAGGAGUUUCCCCAAACACUUCGACCUUCAACUGCCGGAUUGCUGGUUUGUGCAGACAGGGAAACGUGGAGAUGGCCAUGAAGCUUUUACAUGAAAUGGAGGUUGAUGGCUUGAGAGCUGAUCGCAUAACAUAUAACACGUUAAUAGAUGGAUUGUGCAAAGAAGGGAAGUCAAGAAAGGCAGGAACUCUCUUGGAUGAGAUGUUCAAGAAGCGUUUGAGUCCAAAUCACUUGACAUACAAUUUUUUGAUGGAUGGAUACUGCAGGGAAGGAAACCUCAGUGCAGCUUUGAAUCUGAGGGCACUGAUGGAGAAAGGAGGGAAGCGACCAAAUACUGCAACAUAUAAUGCGUUGAUCAAGGGAUAUUCUAAGAAGGACAAGCUUGAAGAUGCAAAUGGGCUUCUUAAUGAAAUGUUGGAGAAGGGGUUGGUCCCAAACCAAACUACUUACAAAAUAGUAAAAGAGGAAAUGAUGAAGAAAGGUUUUGUUCCUGAUAUAGAUUGGCACCUGUAUAAUAUCUCUAGCUCUUAGCAUUGAAAUGAGAAACUGAAUUUGGUUUCAUUCUCAUUAUUGUACAGUACAGUGUUUCAUUUCUAUAGUGGCAUGUCAUGUCUGCUUAUACA